AUGACCCCGGGGAAGACGGUCAAGCUCGUCGUGUUCGAGACGCUGCAGUUCGCGGCUCUGAUGACGACGGUGUUGGUGGUUCUGGAGAGGUUCGCCAGGAUCAUCGGGGGAGGCAGCAGAUCAGCCUCCUACUGGCUGGUGGUGGCCGUCUCCAUCGCCUACGUGGCCACUGCCACCUUGCUGGUGUGGGCUCCUCUCAAGUAUCUGAUGCUGAAGCAGCGGCGCUCCUUGACUGAUGUGGAUCAUUGGAGGUGGACGCCUUUGAUGUUCGUCUGCCUGUCGACGCUGCCGUGCUUCGCGGUCAUCAUCAUCGGCGCCAAGGUGCAGAUGGGCGACCCGAAUCCGACUGAGAGGUUUACCGAGUUGCCCGUGUCCCUGGUGCUCUUCUCCCUCGUCUGUGUCGACAUCACAGAGAGGCUUCGGCACUGCCGACUGACUGGACGAGCUGACGUGCUGGAGCAGAACUGUGACGUAUACCGUCCCGUCCUCACCCACCUGGAAACGGUGGCCACCGUCUCCAGUCAGAUGCCCCCAGGUGGCGAUCAGAGCCCCACCUCUCCAGAGGUGACAAACGGUGGUCAUCCUCCCGUCAGGUACCCGUCCGUCUCCCGGCCCCCCAGCACCGCCUACCUGUACGCGUCCCCGCAGAGCCGGACCUACACGGGUCGGCUGGCGUUCCUGUGGCGGCGGGACGGGCGAGCCGAGAUGGUUGUCCAUGCCUUCCUCUUCUGGAUGGACACGGCGGAGCUGGUCCGAGUGGCGGGGGAUCCCGCCGUCUUCCGGAGCAACUGGGUUUUCCCCAUCUACAUCCUGGCCUUCGUGUCCACUCUGCGUGUUGCCGUCACCCCACUCUGCCCCCUGCUGUCCAUUGCUGGAGUGGCGCUGCAGGAUUUCCCCUUCUUUAUCCUGCGGGUGGCUCUGCUGGGGGUGUUUGGUUUCGUCACGCCCGUGUGGUACCCGCUGAAAAACCUGCUCGUCCCGGCAACAGAGAGGCAGCUGUGCCACACACACGCGGCUCAGAGUGACUCAGGUGAGCUGCGAGAAGACCCCAGAGCUGCGCUGAAGCCGGCGACGCUGGAGGAGGAGGAGGAGGAGCUACUGAGCUCAGAGGGAGAGGAGAGCGUGAGAAGAGGCUGCAGGAGUGGAAGCAAGAUGGAGUGA